UGGAUCCCGAAUUUCAGCGCCAGGCGCUGGAGAUGAUGCAGUCAAUGAAUGUGGGCGAGGUUCGGCACCACGGCCGGUACCAAACGGACUUGGUGGAAAAAGCCUUUAACGACGGUGUGAAGCAUAACAGUGUACGUGAGAUGUGUGCGGCCGUUCUUGCCGCUCAGUUGGCGCAUCCUGUGCAGUGGAUUGACCUUAUGGAUGCUGCCGUCAUUCACGCAGGUAUUCGCGAGGUACACGAGAUUUCACCUGUGCGAACUACCGCCGAUAUGUUUAAGCGUACAGCGUUUUGCGAGGCUGGUGAGGCGGGAGUUGCACCGGAGAUGGUUAUCCGCUGCCUUCCCGCAGAGGAGCGAUUUUUGUAA